AAGUGUAAAAAUAUAAUAAUAUGCGGUAUGCAGAACUUGGCAGCGCAGGCUGAUCCCAUUCCUGGACAUUUUGCUGGGCAGCAAGGGUUUCCACCGCGGUUUCCUGUUGCUUCAGGUGAGCUCACUGUACCAUUUGAAAAAAUCUCUUCAUGCAAAGUUUGUCUGCUAAGCAAAACUGAACUUACAGAAAUAUUUCUCUGCUAUUUAAACUUUUUUCAGGAACUGAUAGUAAAGUAUCAAAUAUGUUUUAUUCAUAUUCUUUUAGACUCGCAAAUAGUAUUUCCUCCAAAACUUCCUACUGCUUCUGGAACUAUAUCUCAUGACCAACUUCUUCCUGGAACUAUCUCUUCUGCAACAACUUUUCCUGGUAACACAGCGACAACACCAGUGAGAUAUGUAACGCAAAAUGCAUCCAAAGUGGGAGACUUUCCACAAUUGUCGAAUUCUUCUGUUUUGCCUACUAGCGCUGGAAUUGUGCCACCAAUUUCAACCAUGGGAGUUAUGCCUUCUUCAGAUUCAGUAGUAAAUCAACAUUGUUUUGCACCUCCAAUUCAAAGUACAGUAGAUGGAAUGAAGGGAAGUAAUGUGACAGGAUCAACACCCUUGAGAAUAGCUGCUCCUCCGCCUGUACCUGGUUCAUUUAAUUCGAUGUCUUCUGCACCGGUUGGUUUUCCAUCAGCGCAUGGUGCAGCAAUGAAUUAUAACGGUACCCCUGCUGGGAUAGCUGGACCGCAAAUGCAUGGAGACAUAGCGGGACCUCCUGCUUCUGGAAUCUAUCACCAGAAACCUCGUUUGGAUCCCAGUUUAAUGCCCAGUGCUCAAGUGAUUGAAGAAGACCGUUCUACAAGAAGUGGAAUAUUUCCAACUGGUUAUCCUACAGCUGAGCAUCCACCGCUUACGUCAACGGAAUUCAUUGCUCAGGACCAAGGUGUUUGUAAUCCGAAAUUUAUGCGGUCUACUCUGUACAUUGCUCCAGCAUCCUCAGACAUGUUAAAAACUACACAAUUAUCAUUUGCAGUUGCUGUCACUCCUUUUGCACGCUUGCAUCCUAUUGAGGUUCAUCCUCCAAUAGUAGAUCUAGGAGAACUGGGACCGGUGAGAUGUCAUCGUUGCAAAGCUUACAUGUCUCCAUUCAUGGAAUUUCAGGAUGGUGGUCGUCGCUUCAAAUGUCCCUUUUGUUUAGCAUCUACUGCCGUAGAAGAAGUCUAUUUCGCCCAUUUAAAUCAUACGGGGCGGCGUACUGAUAUUCAACAUCGUCCUGAGCAGUUCUUGGGAUCUUAUGAAUUUGUUGCUACUAAACCAUAUUGUAAGAAUGGUUUAAAACCGAAGGAACCUGCAUUUAUUUUUAUGCUCGAUGUAUCUUAUUCUGCUGUACACUGUGGUCUUGUGUCAACAUUUUGUAGGAAUAUCAGAAAUUUGUUGAAUCAUUUACCAAAGGAAUCGGGUCAAGAUAAAUCUUCACUGCGUAUUGGUUUCGCGACGUACGACCAGACUGUUCAUUUCUAUAAUCUAAAAAAUUAUAUGGGUCAACCCGAAAUGUUGGUGGUUGAAGAUGUGAAUGAUGUCUUUGUUCCAUUGGUAGAUGGUUUUUUGAAUUUUUUAAGCUUGCUCACUGAAAUCGAAAAAAUGUUCGCAGAAACACGAGUUACCGAGACGAUGCUUGGUCCAGUUAUUCAGGCUGGUCUAGAUGCAUUGAAAUGUGCUGAUCGAGCAGGUAAAUUAUUCAUAUUUCAUUCUAAUUUGCCAUUAAUGGACGCUCCUGGGAAACUGAAAAAUCGUGAAGACCGAAAACUACUUGGAACAGACAAGGAGAAAACCAUUCUGCAACCAAGCAACGAUUUUUAUUGUAAGUUAGGUGAGGAAUGUGUAAAAGGAGGCUGUGCCGUAGAUUUAUUUUUAUUUCCCAAUUCUUUCGUCGAUAUUGCGUCGCUUUCACCUGUUUGCACAAUUACGGGUGGUUCAUUGUACAGAUAUCAAUAUUUUGAAAUCGCAAAAGAUAGCGAACGUUUCUUGGCUGAUCUUUCUCACGAUAUAAGUCGUGAAAUUGUUUUUGAUGUCGUGAUGAGAGUACGUACGUCAACUGGAUUACGUCCGACUGGAUUUUUCGGUUCGUUCUUCAUGGAUAACAGUACGGACAUGGAAAUGGGUGCCAUAGAUUGUGAUAAAACGAUUCACGUUGAAAUCCGACAUGACGAUAAAUUGCCGGAAGGAAAUGCUUAUUUACAAACUGCUAUCUUAUUUACAUCAUGCAGCGGAGAAAGGAGAUUGCGUAUCCAUAAUCUUACUUUGUCUGUCUCAUCUGAUUUCAAUCAGCUAUAUCGUGUUGCUGAUCUAGAUUGCUUAACAUCAUUCCUUUUUAAACAAGCGGAAUUCUUUUUGCGAGACAAAUCUCCAAAAGAAAUGCGGGAAAUAAUAAAUACACGUUGUGCGCAAAUAUUGGCAACAUAUCGUGAAAAGUGUAGUGAACAAGCACCUCUUGGUCAACUUAUCUUACCGGAAUGCUUGAAGCUUUUACCAUUAUUUGUUAAUAGCAUAAUUAAGAAUGAUGCGAUUAGCGGUGCUAAUGACAUAACAGUGGAUGAUAGAGCUUAUUUGAUGCAAAUAGUACCAUCUUUAAAAGUAGAAGAUGCUUUGACAUUAUUGUAUCCUACAGUUUUUGCGGUUUCUGAUUUGGUUAUUGAGCCACAGUCAACUGAGAUAACAUUACCUGCUUCUAUACGCGCUUCUUACGAAAAUCUAUCUGCGGAUAAAGCAUACAUUAUCUAUAAUGGCAUCAUGAUGUUUUUAUGGAUUGGUUUGAAAGUUCCACAAGAUUGGGUGCAAGAUGUUUUCAAUUCGAAUUCAGUUACACAACUUAAUGUGGAGAAUAAUAUUAUUCCGGAGCGUGAUAAUGCGCGGUCUCGAGCUCUACGUUAUGUUAUUGAAUGCGUAAAUAGGAAUCGACUACGGCACAUGAAACUUUUUAUAAUUUGUCAGCAAAAUGCAUUAGAAGCAUGGAUGAAAAAGUUUUUGGUGGAAGAUCGCACAUCAAAUAUGCCUUCUUACGUUGACUAUUUGUGUAACAUUCACCGUGAAAUAAGAAACUUGUUGGGUUAA